AUGGCCACAAGGCAACUUUGGAAACUACAGCGAGAUGGAAAAGACCAAGUGAGACCGAAUGGCAUUGGAGCCCUGGUCCGUGCUGAUCCCGAAAACCUUAGGAGAACAGAAAGGAAGGCAGCUGCAAUGGAGAUUGGUGUUUGCCCUGAGAUAAGGACUUGCCCUCAGCCUUCCAUUGGUGAAGCCAAGGCGAUGAAGCGCUUCUGUCCCUGUUUUGUCAAAGAUAUGUCAGAUUCUUCAGAGCAGGAAUUGCAGAGUGCCCAUGUCUUGCCAGCCCUGAGUCCACAAUGUUCCAAGUGUUUCUGUGGAGAGCCAAGCCACUCGUAUGAGGAUAACUGGAUUGUAGAUUGGGAACCAUACUACCUUCCUCAUGUAUUUGAGAGCUGGGACUGCCUGAGAUACCGUCCUGGAUUGAACUGUACCAUGAAGAGGGGCACUGAGGUCUUCCAGAGUGAGAGCCGUGGGGAGCUACAAGUGUCCCUAGGAGACAAAUACGAAGACACAGGAGAGCCAGACCAACCCUCACCAAGCUUGCUCAGGAAAAAUGGGCUGGAACUUGAGACCUGUGAGGGUAAAGACUUCCCUGACCAGGAUUCUGCUCCUGACAGUCCCAGAUGCCUUGACCGCUGCCCAUCGUUUCAUAUGACUUGGCCAGAAAAAAUGAAAAAGCUUUGCAGAACUGUGUUUGGAGCCCAGGAGUCCUGAUGCCUACCAAGACUUGUAAUUAGAGGAUCUUCUGACAGCUCCUGCUAUUAUGGGGACACCCCUGCCUCUCACACACAAAGGCAGUUGUGUCCUUGCA